AAGAGCUCUACUUAUUAUAUUAGUGAAAAACAAACAUACACACGACAAUAACACAACAUAAACAAUAAUGAACAUGAAAAUCCUCCUUUUGUUUGUCUUCCUUCAUCACCUCCACUACUUCAUCAAUGGCAGAACACUAACAGAACAUCAAGCUUUACUAAGUAUCAAAUCUGCCAUUACUAAUGAUACGAAUAGCUAUCUCUCCUUAUGGAAAAACACAACACACCACUGCAGUUGGCCAUACAUCACUUGCUCCUCCUCUUCUUCUUCUGUCAUUUCUCUCGAUAUCUCCUACUUAGAGCUCACCGGAAUUCUCUCCCCUGAUAUAGGCUUCCUCACCAACCUCCAAAACCUCACUAUUCAAUGGAACGAUUUUUCUGGCCCCCUCCCCACUUCUCUCUCUCUCCUCACCCAACUCCGCCAUCUCGACGUUUCCUACAACAAUUUCACAGGUCCAAUCCCAUCUUCUCUCUCUCUCCUCACCCAACUCCGCCAUCUCGACGUUUCCUUCAACAGUUUCACAGGUCCAAUCCCAUCUUCUCUCUCUCUCCUCACCCAACUCCGCUAUCUCGACGUUUCCCAAAACAGUUUCACAGGUCCAAUCCCAUCUUCUCUCUCUCUCCUCACCCAACUCCGCUAUCUCGACGUUUCCGACAACAGUUUCACAGGUCCAAUCCCAUCUUUUCUCUCUCUCCUCACCCAACUCCGCUAUCUAGACGUUUCCUACAACAAUCUAAAUGGCACUCUUCCCUUAUCGGUCGUUGAGAUGUCGGAACUCAGGUACCUUAACCUUAAGUAUAACUCUUUCUACGGUGAGAUUCCACCGGAGUUUGGGAAACUUAAGAAGCUUCAAACAUUGGAUCUUGGUAACAACUAUCUUUCUGGGGGUCUUCCAUUUGAGUUGGGUUCAUUAAAGAGUUUGAAAUAUAUUGAUCUUAGUAUAAACAAUUUAUAUGGGAGUAUACCUGAUUAUAUUGGAGAUUUUCCGGAGUUGGAAUCACUUUUAUUAGACUCGAAUAACUUCACAGGGAGUAUCCCACAAAAGUUAGGUACAAACGGGAAGUUGCAAUAUCUAGAUAUAAGUAACAACAAUUUUAGUGGGAGUUUGCCAGCAAGUCUUUGCAAAGGAGACAAACUCCAACAUUUGGGAGUAUCCGAUAAUUUGUUGGUUGGGCCAAUUCCUGAGAGUUUGGGAAGUUGCAAGUCACUUGAAGAAGUGAACAUGGGAAAUAAUUUCUUUAACGGGUCGAUUCCUAAGGGCUUGUUUGGCCUCCCAAACAUUAUUGAUGUUUCACUCAAUGACAAUCUUCUUAGCGGAGGUCUCGAUGAGAAAUUUGGUGAUUGUGUUAAUCUUUUCAACAUUGAUCUCUCUAAUAAUAAGCUAUCAGGGAAGUUACCUGCGACUAUUGGAAACUGUUCUAAUCUUCAGUUGUUGAUGCUUAAUCAGAAUAACUUCACCGGAAGUAUCCCUCAAGAGAUUAGCAAGUGUAAGCAGCUACGGGCCCUCGAUCUCAGCCAAAAUCAGUUCUCUGGUGUGAUACCCAAUGAUAUUACAGGAAACAAAACCAUUUGCAAUUUUGAAGAAAUUAAAUUACUUGAUUUAUCAAACAAUAUUUUGACCGGUGAAAUCCCUCGUUGUCUUGGAAAUACUAGUACUCAACUCGAAACAUUAUUUCUUCAAUCAAACAAACUGAACGGUACCAUACCCGCAAACUUCUCAAAGUUAUGUGAUUCAUUGAUGUAUCUAGAUCUUAGUGACAAUCAACUCGAAGGAGUUCUACCUAAGUCAUUGUCCAAAUGUCAAAAUUUGAAACUCCUAAAUGUCGGGAACAACAGGCUAAGAGAUAAAUUUCCCUCAUGGCUAGACAACCUCCCACAUCUCCAAGUUUUCAGUGUGCGUUUCAAUGCCUUCUACGGUCCUAUAACUAGCUCAUCAAAGGUUAAUCACCCAUUUCCUAUGCUACAAAUUAUCGACCUAUCUAACAAUGAGUUUUGUGGCAAGUUGCCAAGAAGAUAUAUCAAAAAUUUUGCAACCAUGCGCAAUAUGAAUGAGUCUGGUGUUGGGGAUCCACAGUACCUGGAGGACUCAUAUAGUCCGUACUCUAUGGUAUUGACAUUCAAUGGGUUACAACAAAAAUAUGAAAAGCUUAUUGUGACGAUGUCGACCUUUGAUAUAUCCAACAACAACUUUACUGGACAGAUUCCAUAUGUUAUAGGGGGAUUACACUCACUUCGUAACCUUAAUCUCUCGCAUAAUGUCUUAACCGGGAACAUUCCUCCAUCAAUUGCAAAAUUGUCUUUGCUUCAGGAUUUGGACCUUUCAUCAAACAGACUUAUUGGUCGUAUCCCUCAAGAAUUAGUUAGUUUAACAUUUCUUGGGAGCUUCAAUGUUUCGAACAAUCUAUUGGAGGGGCCUAUACCUAUUGGUAACAACUUCAAUACAUUCUCGAAUAAUUCAUACCAGGGGAAUGUCGGAUUGUGUGGAAAACCAUUACCUGAGUGUGGAGAAAGAAGGGCAAAAAGCACCACUAAUAAUCAAGAUGUUCCUAAAAAUGAUAAUGAACGAAUGUUGUCGAUGUCCGAAAUCGUAGUUAUGGGGUUUGGCAGUGGUGUACUAGUUGGGUUGGCUUGGGGAUACUAUAUGUUUUCAGUGGGAAAGCCCUUUUGGUUUAUCAAGAUGGCUAGCAAAAUGGAAUCAAUAUUGAUUGGUUUUUUCUGACCAACAAUUUGUUAGCCGAUGAAGAGCAUCAAAACCAAAAAAACAAAAAAAUUGAGUAAUAUGCAUGAGUGUGACCUUGUUUUCCAAAGUUUAGCAUUACUAUUAGUGUCUCAAUUCAUAAUAAUAAAAAAAUUAGCUUGUUCAA